UAAAUACCGCCGUUCACGUGUUCAAAGUGAAUUAUUUUACGCGAUAUUGUUGUUACUGCAGGUACUAGGUCUGUUGGCGGAGGCACAUUGCGCGGUUGCGAUUCGUUGUUUCCAAACGUGGCAAGCGCCGCGCAAGUUCAGUUGAGGUUUGAUUGACGGACUGUAGGCGGAAACUCUACGCUGUAAACUUUGUACGAUGGUCGUGAAGUGCUAGUUUUGGGGGGUUAUUUUUGUGUAUCACGAGCCGCUUAAAUCGUGACUUUCACACGGGAAUACAUCCGUCCUUAAACUCCAGAUCCCGCGCGUUUAGUCCGAGUUGUCUGUUGAGUUGAGCUAAUGUUUCUUAGCCUAGCAUAUGUGAGGUAACAUAAGUUCGGUAUCAAGUGAAGCGAUCCGCUGGGUUUGAUCUGGGAUCUGCUCGGAUCUCUACACCUACCGCAGGCUGCCGUAGUGCUGGGAGCAGGUCCGCGAUGUUAGGGGGAAACGGGACGGCCAGAGGGGCUGGACGCUCCGGUAACGGCGCGGGGUUGACCCCUCUACAGGUGGGCAGCACAUCUGGGGCUUUGGGGGCAGUAAACUCUGCCAUAAACCUGCCCGAUGGAGUUAGAUACGACGACGGGCCGUCGGUGGAGGCUGUGCUGAGCGGCUCCGACGGAGACUCGGACUCCGGGGACGAUGAGGAGAGUCCCGCGGUGGACAGGAGAGGGGUGAAGCGGGAGAGGAGUGAGACGGAGGUCGGUGGAUCCUCGGGAACCGUCGCGGGACUGUCAGCUGGAUAUGGGGGGGUUUCCUCCGGGGUGGCUGGGGCGAAACCCGGCAAGAAAACACGAGGACGGGUGAAAAUUAAGAUGGAGUUUAUUGACAACAAGCUGAGGAGAUACACGACCUUCAGCAAGAGAAAGACUGGCAUUAUGAAGAAGGCUUAUGAACUAUCCACAUUAACGGGGACGCAAGUUUUGCUCCUGGUUGCCAGUGAGACGGGCCACGUCUACACAUUCGCCACGCGGAAACUUCAGCCCAUGAUCACCAGUGAAACGGGUAAAGCCCUGAUCCAGACCUGCCUAAAUUCUCCUGAUUCUCCACCCCGUACGGACCCUUCAACGGACCAGCGGAUGAGUGCCACCGGAUUCGAGGAGACUGACCUCACCUACCAGGUCUCAGAGGCUGAUGGUCUCACAGAGCCAAAGGAAAUGAUCAAGCCGAUGUUCACUGCUGCCACUUUACCCGGUGGCACCAACAGCACCACCACACAGUCGUCGGCCUCUUCCUCUCCCUCCUCCUCCUCCGUCUCCAUGCACACUCAGAGCAGCGCCCUGUCGCUCUCCAGCACCACCUGUUGGCCAUUGGCUGCAGGGAUGAACGCUCAGAGCAUCUCUAGUGCGAACGGCACGGUGCUCAAAAGCUCUCCGGCGGGAGUCAUGCAGCUGCCCAGCGGAUUCACGCUCAUGCCAGGCACUACUCUUCCUCCUGGCACACACACUAUUCCUCUCGGUCAGCUGCAGACACACUCUCUGGCCAUACAGUGUCCACAGACGCAAAACAGCCACGCCGCCGCCGCUGUCCCUGCACACACACAAGCCACCACGCUCUUCCGCCUGCCGGCCACUGUCUCGCUCACAGGUGGUACGAUGCCUCAACAGUUACAGGCCAUCCAGGUUCACCCUCAAAGCAGUGACAGCAGUCCAGAGAUCAGCCGGACCUCCACCAGCUCCACUGCAAGCCACACCGCUACGAUAGUCACUUCCUCAGUGCCUUCUUCAGUGGCAGGUCACAUGAUGUACCCUGGAGCACACGUCAUGUACGCUACAUCCACCCCUACCCUUGCCGACGGGGGUCUGACUGUGCUCAACACCUUCCCACAACCACCCACUGCAAUGCACAUGUCCCACACGCCAGCCCAAGACUCAGGUGCAGUUCCUCAGAUGUUUCUCACGGGACCUCCUGGAACUGUACAGAUCCCAGUUUCAGCCGUCCCACUACAUUCGGUAAUAUAG